AUGAUGUGGCAUCACCGAAUAAGCAACAAGCAAAAGUUUCUAGUUUGCAUACUACUCAGUCUAGGAACCAUCGGUACCGUUGUCAGUAUUGUAAAUUAUCUUCUUGUCUUCCAGUCCGAAGCCACCAUGGAAGCAACGAUGCUGCUCAACUUGAUGGGGCUAUGGACGAUCCUAAUGGCUUCAAGCGCCGCCCUGUUAUGGCCUCCCUUCCGAGCUUUGUCCCAGAAAUUGCCUAUUCAAAGAAUGUCUACUGAAUCAAGGAGGAAUGAACAGAGUUCUAGGGCUGGAGAUUUUGAAUCAGAAUCCGAACUUGUGGCGCACCCCUCUGGUACAACCCCACCGACUGAGAUGGGCCGUGGAGGUACGUAG